GAUGUGGAAGCAGAUGCUGCGCCUUGCUUUCCUUUGUUGUCCUGCGUACAUCUGGCGGCUUUUCUCCGAACCUGAGUCACUCUCGUUUUUGUUAGGACUGCCUGUCCCCUGCCUAUAUAAAGAGUCCGCGGUGGCGCCGUGAAAUUGCUGAGAUAUUCGAAUGAUCUGAGAUCUUUCUGGGAUAUUUCAAUAUCUGUGGCGCAGCCUAGGCGUGGAAGAUCCAAGGCUCAAACUGUGUCUGCGCAAUAAGAGCACCAAGACGUUGUUCGCGCUACAAGAGAUCGAGACGCUUUUCACUUGCCCUUUGGGAUCAAACCAGCGUGAAGGCUCCGAAGGGAAGGCUGCGGUUUGCCACCUAUUGGCUCUUCCCGGUAUGUCUCCGCUGCGGAAAAUGGCUGAAAUGAAAUUAGGCUCAAGACAGAAAAUUACUCAUCGCGUUUUAGCGCGGGGCGGGGCUGCUGCGUGCUCAGGGAGCACAGAACGUGGCUCUUGGUGCGUCCUCCUGAGCAUCAAGACCGAAACCAAGUUCCUGCUCUGACGAUUUGUCUCUCUCUGUCUAGAUUGAUGCGCUCGCUCUGCUGCUGGUGGUUUUUAUUCCCAGCUGGGGAAACUGAGGCGCAGCGAUUGCGCCGAAGUCACACAGGGCAGAGCUGGGACGAGAGCGGCGCGCUGCUCGCGUCCCGGCCUGCGAUGGAACUUCCCAGCAGACAGCUGCGGGAAGCCGCUCUGAAGAGAGAUCCCCGGUGAGAAACAACGCGCUCUGGCAGGGGGGAAGGUUUUUUACACGGGGCUGACUCAUCAGCACCAAACACUGGAAAUAAACGCGCAGGAAAAAAAAAGGUCCCUCCAGGAAAAAAAACAGGGUGUAGACAAGCAAGCUAUUUUUAAUACGUGACAUAACGCCAUAGUGGAGGCUGCACAGCACGGCUUACUAAAACCCGGCCUAGAUCAAUGGCGCGGUGUGGGUACAACGGCCCUAAAAAGCAAGCUGUCACACGACGGAGAGCACGGGGGCACGGAAAGUGCUGAGUGCAGCGAGCAUUCCUCGUGAAACAAUGUCCCUAUACAUCUGUUUGUGCGUAGUGGGUUCCCCAGCUUGUAUGCUAGGAAUUAGGGACUUCUUCCAGCGCUGGUCGAGGGAGGCUGUGAGCCUGGAAAGGACAAAAAUUGUCGGGCAUUUGUUUUAUUUGCCAGCCUGGGGCAAAAGGCAAGGGCGGGCUGGACCCCAACCCAAGGCAGGAUGUGUUAUCAAGGCAAGGGGGAACCUGCAGCCUUGCCAGGGUGCCCACAGCCCUCCAGAGAUCCCUCGGAGCCUGGGAGGGUUUCUGCCGCCUUGAGCAGCAGCUCGGCCCAUCCAUGGGUGGCCGCGUUCCUUUGGCUGAGCCAACACAGGAGUAGCGAAGUGACCCCAUCCAGGGUCGCUCCCGAGACAUGAGCUUUCCUUCUUCGUGUUCCCGUGCUUGGUCUUAGUGGGCUGUGGACACUGGGAGCUCCUCCCGAGCGUCUCCUUGCCCCGUGGUCCCCAGGCAAUAUUGGUCCCACAAGCUGUGAACUUCUGCCGACACUGUGUCAGAGUCUAGAACGUGCCUCGUGCCAGCCCCGAGGUUAAAAGUCAGCAAAAUACGGGUUAUUCCUUGCCUUCGUUUUCCAAAGCGUUCUGUGCUCUGUUAAUUUACGAAAUAAAUGGGUUGGUGGUUUGUUGUUGUUGUUGUUUUGUUUGUUUAUCCAGUAAAGCCCUGCGUAGCACAGUGCAUGUGAGCACUUACAGGUGAAUUUUUGUAUGGCAUUUGCUGAAGCGUGCCCUGCAUUUAGGGCUGGUGGCUAGAUCUGUCCGUGACUGAGGGUUGCAGAGCUGAGAGAGCUGCUUUGAGGCAGGAGUGGCCAGCUGCUCCACUUCAGGAGUGAAUUAUUCUUACUCCUUUUGCGUUAAAUCUGUACAGAGUUGUGGUGCACUCUGCCUGCACCGGGGGCACUCCUACUGUUACAUUCACACACACUGGAGCGUGCGUUUUUAUGACCCAGGAGUUAUGUGCCGUAACUACUCAAUCCAAAUUACAGCUUUUUUUUACAGAGUGUUGAAAAUCAGGCUCUCAAAAUCCUGGAAAAAAGGCUAACUGUUGGCAAAAGAUCUGAAUUCUCCAGCUGAACUUGAACGCGUGCAGUUGUUUAACCCAGCCUUCCUUUAAUAUAUACAGCUGCGGUGUUUCUUUCUUUCCAGCAGCUUCCCGAGCCGUUUGCUCAAGGUUUUUGUUUUUUCCUCUCAUUGCUUAUCAUGCCUCUAGACUUAUGGUAAAGAAGAGGUUUUUGAGUUCCAGAGCUUUGCAUUCCUUGCUGAGCCGUGCCUGUGUUUGCAUGCAAAGCCAUCGCCUCCCCUCCAACUAUUUUAAUCAUUUCAGAAAGGGUGGGUCAUCAGGCAUUUGGCAGCGGGCUCCUUUUAUAUAGCCGAGGUGGAGUCAGCCAAUGACCUGCAAGCCUGGAAAAUUUUGCAGGGCAGUUUCACUGGACAGCUUUGCAGGGCUGUGCCAUUUGAAUUUCAGCACAGACCUCCGCACACUGUGCUCUCCAUUUCUGGCGUGUCUCCCAGCACAGAGUUUAGCUGAGGCUCGGGUUUAGUUUGCCCUCCUCUCUCUCCCUGCAGUGACAGCGUCCCCGGGCUGCGCUAGCGAUCAUGGAGGAUACUACUUUGCAAAUUAUCGAGCCACCAACUGCUUCCGAGGCCUCCGAGGAGCAAACGCCUGAAGAACCCAUCAAAUCAGACCAGAUCAACGGCGUGAUGGUGCUGACCCUUCUGGACAAGAUCAUCGGGGCAGUGGAUCAGAUCCAGCUGACCCAAACCCAGUUGGAGGAGAGACAGCAAGAGAUGGAUAGCGCAGUGACCAGCAUCCAAGGAGAGCUAACCAAGCUGACGAAGGCGCACACCACCACCAGUAACACCGUGAACAAGAUGCUGGAAAAAGUGCGCAAGGUGAGCGUCAACGUGAAGACGGUUCGGCAGAACCUGGAGAAGCAGGCUGGGCAGAUAAAGAAGCUGGAGGCCAACGAAGCGGAGCUCUUGAAACGCAGGAAUUUCAAAGUCAUGAUCUACCAGGAUGAAGUGAAGCUCCCCUCGAAGCUGAGCAUCAGCAAGUCCCUGAAGGAGGGUGAAAAGCAAGAGAAGGAAGGCGAGGGUGAGGAGGUGCCGGCUGGUGAGGACCACGCGGAGGAGGAUCACAUCCAGCUCUCCUCGGAUGAGGAGGUGGAGAUCGAGGAGAUUAUCGAGGAGUCAAGGGCAGAGCGCAUCAAAAGGAGCGGCAUGAAGAGAGUGGAUGACUUUAAGAAGGCCUUCUCAAAGGAGAAGAUGGAGAAGACUAAGCUAAAGACCAAGGAAAACCUGGAGAAGACCCGCCACAACUUGGAGAAGACCCGCCACAACCUGGAGAAGAGGAUGAACAAACUGGGCACCAAGAUUGUGACUAACGAGAGGAGAGAGAAGAUGAAGACCUCUCGGGACAAGCUGAGGAAGUCCUUCACCCCCGACCACACCAUCUACGCCAGGUCCAAGACGGCCGUCUACAAAGUGCCACCCUUCACUUUCCACGUCAAGAAGAUAAGAGAGGGCGAGGUGGAAGUCAAAGCCACGGAGCUGGUGGAGGUUGGCGGAGAGGAGGGAGAAAACUCGGAUCUGAUGCGCGGGGAGAGCCCCGAGAUGCACACGCUGCUGGAGAUCACGGAGGAGUCCGACGCGGUACUGGUGGACAAGAGUGACAGUGAGUAGGACCCGCGGCAGCGCGGAAGGGUUGCGGACGGACGGCUGAACACGGAACCAGUCACAUUUUGAGAUCUCUCCGCCCCGGUGCCCCGGGGGAAGUGUACACCAUGCAUCUUUACUACCCUGCAGAGCCGACGCCAAUCCCCUGCCUGCUAGGACGAGGUGUAUUUUAUAUUUUAGUUUUAGCACACAGGAACACGGGACUGUUUUUUCUUACACACGUCAAAAUCACCCUCGGAGACCAUUCCUGCCACAGGCUGCGUGAGAGCCCUCCAGCCACCGGCCCUGAAGACGAGCUCUGAGCGACGGGGACCCAGCCCAGCUGGAGAGUGCUAAAACCAAGAUGAUAACGGCUGUACACCUGCAAAACCCAAGCGCCCUCUGUGAGCAAAGCCCUGGUGUCAAGAAAGCUUCAUGCCAAGCAGCCUGCCCAGCCCACCGGACCCCGGCUCCCCGUGCCAGGCCGAGCGGGCAGCAAGCCUCCGCUCUGCGGGGCAGAGGAUCUGCGACGCGUCCCGCACGCGGGAGGGGAGAACCGAGCAAAUCCUGGGGAUUUGCAGAGCGAAGGCGAAGCUGAGCGAGCCCCGCGGCACGCAGGCGGGUCUGCUCCGCUCUCCCCUCCCGAGGACCGGGCGGUGCCGGGACAGGCUCACCCCGAAGCCCGGCUGCCACCACGUCCCACAGACCGCGCCUGCCGCUGCUCCCCGCGCCGCUGCCGUUGCAGGGGCAGGGUGGGCGCCCGUUCCCGUGCUUGGGGUAAAGGUCUGCCUGCCAAAACCCUCCCCGGGGCAGGGAGCACGCAGAGCUGGGGCGCCGCGUCCCCCCUCCGCGGUGGCAGCGGGCAGCGAGGUGCCUGCUCGCUGGCCGGGGAGAGGGUGAACGCAGGCGGCGGUGCCGGAGAACCCAGCACCAGGUGAAAUCCGUUGCCAGAAGGCAUUUGGGAUGUGCCGGUGCCUCGCCAGGCACUCGACCAUCAGGGAGCAGCCUCGACACCUUGAGUAUUCCUCAGCCCCUGCUUCCUCCAGGGGUCCCGGCGCGGCUCAGGCUCGCACCCCCCAGCCUUGCGCUUUCCCUCCCCGUUUCCUGCUUCCCGCCGGCUUCGCUCCGUCCCCCGCAGCACGGCAGCGCUCGGAUCGAUCGCGUCCCGCGGCUCCCCCCGGGGCCGCCACGCUCCGGCUCUCACGCACGCAGCCAGCGCCACAGCAUCGCCCCGGCCCCGCAGGAGCCGGCGGGAGGGCAGGAGGCCGCUCGCUCGCCUCGGCAGCUUCGCCCCCGGGGAGCUGCGGACGCACGUGGGGACGCCGGGGCUGCUCCCGGCAGGCGGGCGAGGGAGGCGUUGGGCCGUGCUCAGCACCGGGGCUCAGCACCUCCCGGCGGUGCCGCCGCUUCCCUUCCCGGCCCGCUCCUCCCCAGGAGCAGGGAGGGCUGCUGCCGCUGGCCCGACUAAAUAUAUAAACUUGCUUUUCCUCUC